AUGUCUUCACUGCAGCAAAAGGAUCUUGCCUUUCUCUCCAGCUUUGCACUGCACCAUUCUGCUGCUGGACUUGUCACUGACUGUACAAGCUGUGGUGGUGCUGUACCCAUCACAAUCUGCCACAGUGACAAGAAUGGUAAUGAAGGCAAGCCCAUGGCUAUGCUUCCCUCAGCCAUUGCACAGAAAAUGGGGGAUGUCUGA